GACAUUUUGUUGGUCAACACUGCGUUGUGGUCGUCUGCUGACAAGAAACUGAAAAGAAAGAACCGAUUUUACAGACUUAAAGAAGUAGUACAUACGAAGACCCUCGGAGAAAUGGCAACUACACAGUGCCAAAGAGAGAAAACUAAAGAUUUGACAGGGAUUUUUCCAAAUGAGACUGUGACAGAACAGAAGUCCAUACUGUUUGUGAAGAAACUUUUGGCUGUGGCAGUUUCAAACAUUGCUUACCUAAGAGCCUUGUUUCCAGAGCAUGCAUUUGGAGAUCGUUCAAUUGAAGACCUACAUUUGAAAACUUUGAGAGAUGACAGUGCUUGUCCAGGAGUGUGUAAAUUCAUACAGUAUAUGAAAGGAUGCUUUGAUGCCUUGGACAAGAAAUAUCUUAGAAUACUUAUCCUAGGGCUCUACCGUGAUCCAGAAAACCCUGAGACCUUGAUUGAAUCCUACACAUUCAAGUUCAGCUAUGCAGAUGAGACAGGAGUAGAUAUCUACAGAAAUAACCAAAAUAUAUCAAGUGCCAACACUGCGAGUGAAAUCAAGAAAGCCACAAUUCGCCUCCUUCGCACAAUUGUUGUUUUAACACAAACAAUGAAUGCCAUUCCGGAAGACACUAUGCUGACCAUGAAGUUGCUAUAUUAUGAUGAUGUUACCCCUCCAGAAUAUGAACCCCCUGGAUUUAAGCCAUCCACAUGCACAGAUUUCAAAUAUGAAGAGGAACCUGUGACCAUCAAUGUUGGAGAUGUUGCAACUGUAAGAUUUAGAAUUAAAAUGAGGGUGAAAACAAAUGAAGCAAUGUUUGACAUCAAGGAGGAGGAGACAGCUGAGAUGAAGACAGAGACUGAAGUUCACACUUUAUGUAAAGACACUAAAAAAGAUGAGAAGAUAAAGAAAGAUGAAUCACAACCAACUCCAGUGGUCCCAACAGAAAGUCCAGAAAUUCCAGGUUCUGAUGGUAAAGCAGUUGAAAUGCUUGGCUCUGAAAUGAGUCAGAUGACAGAAACUGAGGAGGAAUUUGGGGUCCGAUGUCCAUGUGGUUGUAAUGAGGAUGAUGGACUGAUGGUGUUAUGUGCCAUCUGCAAGUACUGGCAACAUGGGCUAUGCUUCUGUAUCAAGGAGGAAUAUGAGGCCCCAGAACACCAUGUGUGUGAUGUCUGUGCUGAUAAAGAUGAUCCUAUAAAGCAGCCAACAGAUCCCUAUCUGUACAAGCUGAGUCCUAUAGCUAUUCAGACAACAUGUCUGUACAGAAGAGCUCUGAUGGCAGCUACUGAGUCCAGCAGAGUUGUGGCACCAAGUCUGGCUAGAGGCUGGGGGAGUAGAAGUAAUAUUGCACAUGGACUCAUUGACAGAAUGGAAAAAGAAGGAUAUGUGAAGAAUUCU